UAGAAAUGGUUGGCGUGAAGCCCAAAGACAUGGUGCCCUCUGGAGCAGUCAAAUUCUUCGGAGCAGGAACUGCUGGCUGCAUAGCUGACCUGAUCACCUUUCCACUGGACACUGCCAAAGUCAGACUACAGAUCCAGGGGGAGUGUCACGCAGUAGAAGGGUCCAAUGCUGUGAAGUAUCGAGGAGUGUUUGGCACCAUUACCACCAUGGUGCGUACAGAGGGGCCCAGGAGUCUCUACAAUGGACUGGUGGCCGGACUCCAGAGACAGAUGAGCUUCGCCUCUGUCAGGAUAGGCCUUUACGACUCCAUGAAGCAGUUCUACACACGAGGCUCUGACAGUACUGGGAUUGUUACUCGUCUCAUGGCAGGCUGCACCACAGGAGCAAUGGCAGUGGCUUUUGCACAACCGACAGACGUUGUUAAGGUGCGUUUCCAAGCUCAGGUACGACUGGCAGAUGGUGAAAGGAGAUACAACAGCACCUUGGAGGCCUACAAGACCAUUGCUCGGGAUGAGGGAGUACGUGGGCUUUGGAAAGGUUGUAUGCCAAACAUCACCCGUAAUGCCAUUGUAAACUGUACAGAGCUGGUGACCUAUGACAUGAUCAAGGAACUCAUCCUCAAGUAUGACCUAAUGACAGACAACCUGCCAUGCCACUUCUCUGCUGCCUUCAGUGCUGGCUUCUGCACAACAGUCAUUGCUUCUCCUGUGGAUGUGGUUAAAACGCGGUUCAUGAAUUCAGGGGCUGGUCAGUACAGCAGUGCUAUCAACUGUGCUCUCGCCAUGCUGGGAAAAGAAGGACCUUCUGCCUUCUAUAAAGGGUUCAUGCCGUCUUUCCUACGACUGGGCUCCUGGAACAUUGUGAUGUUUGUGACCUAUGAACAAAUUAAAAGAGGGAUGACCAGAGCACAAAUGUACUGGGAGUCACCAUUUUGACCAAUGACCGUGACAUCAGACACUACUGCACAGAAACAGCUAUCGCAGUUGUGACCAUUAGUGACUCGCAGUUUGGGAGACCGCAGGUUUUGGGAGGAAGCCACAAAUUGUCGACGUCCUGAAUGAACACUGAAUCAAAAUAGACUCUGAGGGCAUUGUUGUAGUACCUUAAGUGAUUUAAGCACUCAAGUCAGUAAGUAUUGUAAUACGUAUUCUUGGUUCAGGGGUAAAAGACGGAUGUGUAGGGGUUAUUCCAUAAGAUUUGUUUUAAUCUCUAGUUAACACACUCACUAAAACCUUGGUCAGUAGCUUUGAUGAUCGAUUUCAUGUUUACAAGGAGGAACUGUGAGAUUAUUUGAAUAAUGUUGUGUUAGGGGAAAAGCAAUAGUCAGAUUGAGAUCUGGCAACAAAGACCUAAACUGUGAUGAUUUCUAUGUUCCUUCUGUUGCUUCCUUUAUUGUGAAUCAUGUGAAAUGCUUUACUGUUAGAUUUUAUAGGUUAAUUUAUGCGCUGCUUAU